AUGUUGAACCAGGUGAACAGAUCGUCCAACUUUUUUGCUACGCAGCUCUUUUGUCGGGUUCCGCGUCGUUGGCAGACCUCUCAGGCUGCAACUGCUGACACCGCGCCUCGGCGCUCGUACGACCCCGUCAACACCUAUGCGGAAGCAAAAGCCAGAGGUCUCAAGCCAAUGUCUUCUUUGAGCGUCUUGACCAGAGAUACCACUGUUUCUAUUUCCGAUUUGUUUGCUGGCCUCGAGGAGGCGGUUUCGGGGAUCGACAAGGACAUGUAUUCCGCUGUUCUGGGCCGCGGACACUUGUUGUUCAGCAAACUCCAUGCUUUGAAUAAAGACAACGCUUCUGUGCCCGACUCUCUGUUAUUCAGCAAACUAUUGACCAUUCUGCAGUCCUCCGGGUUCCUACACUGGUCUCACGUCGAGAGAGUGAUUCGCCAGCUGCUGGCCGAGAAAAAGUACGACAAAGCGCUGGAACUUUGGAAUUCUACACUGGAUCAGUUUGGCUCCAAUAUUUCGUUCUAUCUGCCAUCCAGCAAGAAGAUCGACUUUGAGCCGGAAAUCGGGUUCAGAGCAGCCGGUCUGGCCGCUUACUUGCUCAAGAGCCUUGAUACAAAUACCACUCCGGAACCUGCUGUUGUGAAACGUCUUGUUGGAGACAAGAAGCUGCAGAAACGGCACGUCAACUUUGUGAUCCAGUCUCUCAACUUAAGCACAGACUCCAAGGCCAAGAUCGCCGACCUGUUUGAAGAACACGUGUUCCGUCCAGACCCUAACAGUGUCCAGCUGCUCAAGUCGGCACACUCGCUGGCCGUGGCACAGAAAUACGACUCCAUGGAGUCUUUGCUCAAAAGAAUUUUUGUGGCCAAGGAGAAGAGCCAGGUCCAAUUCACCCAGAAAUCGUACGCCAUGCUCAUGGAAAUCUACAACGUCUCUUCCAAGUACGAGAAGACGCUGGCUCUUUGGGGAGAGCUGGUCAAGUCGGGCACCAAGCCUGAGAUCGACUCGUGGAACCAGUUUCUCAACGCCCAUGUGAGCUCGGACGCUCCACAGAAGCUUUUGAGAAUCGAGAGCGUUUACAAGCUGCUCACUCAGAGCGUCCAGCCAAACAGCACAACUUACAAUAUCAUGAUCAACGGAUACUUGAGCAGCAAAGAGCUCAACAAGGGUCUGGACUUCUACAAGGCCCAUAAGAGCAACGUGUCUGAGUCGGAGCUCCAGACUCUGAAAAACACGCUUCUUGCUGCCUUGGCCAAAUAUGAUUACAUCGAACAGACGGACUCUCUGUUCAACGUGUUCACCGCCGAGGCUGCUUCCAAGAACACCGUCUUCGAGCCUAACGUCCAGGUUUACAACAUUGUGUUGCAGAGACUGCUUAAAAAGUCGGACUUCAAGAAAGCCAUAGAACUCGGCGAUCAGAUCGCAGCUUCCAACACCAUUGUUCCAGACAGCGCCCUGUUUUCCUCAUUGUUCGAGACCCUGACCCACAAGGCCGACGAGACUGGAAUCUCUGCUCCAUUGCUGAUUCAGGAACUCGUCAGCUCCAAGGUCAAGAAAAUCAAUAACUCUGCCACCAUUACUGACCUAGUGAGAGAACUCGCUAACAACCCUGCCACCAUCUCUGUGGCCGAAAACCUUAUGCAACAGUUGCGAGAACAGAAAACCCGCUUGCCUCCGCAGGUGUAUAAUAGUAUGGUGAUUUAUGAGAGCGCUCAAGGAAGAGCAGAUAAGGCUAUCCAAUACUUCUACCAAGGAUUGGAAGCAGGAAGUAGACUCCAAACCUGGUUCUACAACAAUAUCUUCAAGGCCCUCAGCAUGACCGGAGACACGGAUGGUAUUCGCGAUUUCUACGACUUUGUCAAGACAAAUUCCAAGGACAAGCCAAAUAGGGUCACUUUCUACUACAUGUUGCGUGCGGCACAGCUCAAAGACGACCAUAUCUUUGCCCAAUGGACCAUUGACGAGCUUUCCGAGGCCAAUCUGGCCAACCUCGGGGACCAGGUCCCAAGAAUCCUGGAAAGAUACUCCAAAUCAGGUCUUUCUGUGCCAUCGACGCUCAAGCUCUCGGCAAACAUCCACAGCACUUGA